AUGUUAAUUUUGAGGCGGAAAGGAGAUAUCAAGGAAGAGCCAAGAUCUCGAAGAAAGGAAACGACAAUGAAGGAGGAGGAGCAAUCAGCAUCCGGAGAUGAGGUGACGGCGGGAGAAGGAAAUGGCAGUGGUCAAGUUCACAAGGCUCCGACUCCGGUUUCACAAUACUCUGGUGCAUCUCGAUUUAUCCUUUUACCCUUGAAUCAAUCGGAGCAGAUCACUAGAAUACCUGUAGAGAUCUCACCGGAGAGGUUGCCACUAGAUGAAGAUGAAGCAGCUGCUAGUAAUGGAGAUGAGAAGAGGGUUUGUUCUUCAGGGAAAAAGAGAGCUCCAUUGUCUGGUUGGCCAUGGGAGAAUAUAUCAAAUUUCAAGUAUAUGUUGUUUGGACCACUUCUUGCUGAGUUAAUUUAUUCAAGAAUCUAUGAAAAGAAGCACAGUGAGUACAGUUGGUGUUUGCAUAUACUAAUACUGUCUUCACUAAGAGGACUUGUGCACCAGCUGUGGAGUUCGCAUAAUAACAUGCUUUUUCUUAAUCGAAAUCAUCGAUUAUGUGAAAAAGCCAUUGGUUUUGAUCAAAUUGACAAAGAAUGGCAUUGGGAUAAUUUCAUCAUACUUGAAGCAUCUAUAGCUUCAAUACUCUCAUUCAUCAAUCCAUCAAUUACCAAUCUUCCUAUUUGGAAAACCAAUGGGAUUAUUUUUUGUGUAAUUUUCCAUAUUGGCCUCUCAGAACCUCUAUAUUAUUGGCUUCAUAGAUUAUUACAUUCACCAUAUUUCUUCCAACAUUAUCACUGGCUACACCAUAGUUCUACAGUGAACCAUCCAUUUACAGCCGGCCAUGCGACCUUUUUGGAGCAUUUAUUACUUUUUGUGAUAAUGGGAGUUCCAAUUCUUGGGAGUACUUUGAUAGGACAUGGUUCAGUCAUCAUGUUCUAUGGCUAUGUCUUGGUGUUUGAUUUCCUUAGAUGUAUGGGGCAUAGUAACAUUGAAAUUGUUCCUCAUCACAUCUUCGAAACCGUGCCUAUGCUUAAAUAUCUUAUUUAUACACCAACGUACCAUUUUCUACAUCACAGAGAGAUGAAGACGAAUUUUUGCCUCUUUAUGCCUCUUUUUGAUGUUUUCGGAAAGACCAUGAAUGAAAUUUCUUGGGAUCUUCAUAGAGAAAUAAGUUCAAACGAAGGCAAGAAGGCAAAAGCACCAGAAUUUGUGUUUCUUGCACAUGUGGUUGAUGUCAUGUCGUCAAUGCAUGUUCCAUUUGUUUUUAGAUCAUGCAGCUCAUUGCCAUACGCGACAAAUAUUAUCUUCUUCCUGCAUUGGCCAGUAGCUUUCAUGGUGAUGUUGAUCAUGUGGGCUAAAUCAAAAACUUUCUUGCUCAGUUUCUGCCAUCUUAGAGGAAGAUUACUUCAGAGUUGGGUCGUGCCAAGAUUUGGGUUCAUGUAUUUUUUACCCUCCGCAAAAGAUGGCAUAAAUAGGCAAAUAGAAGCAGCUAUAUUAAAGGCCGAUAGGAUUGGUGUCAAGGUCCUUAGCCUCGCUGCCUUGAACAAGAAUGAAGCUUUGAAUGGAGGUGGGAAACUUUUUGUCAUGAAACAUCCGGAUCUUAAAGUCCGAGUAGUCCAUGGAAACACUUUGACAGCAGCUGUUAUUCUGAACGAGAUUCCUCAAGAUGUUGAAGAGGUGUUCUUAACAGGAGCUACUUCUAAGCUUGGAAGGGCCAUCGCCAUUUACUUAGCUCGUCGUAGAGUUAGAGUCUUGAUGCUUACUCAAUCCACUGAAAGAUUUAUAAGCAUUCGGAAAGAAAUUCCACUGGAUAACCGAAAUCUUUUGAUUCAAGUGACAAAGUAUCAAGCAGCUAAACAGUGCAAGACUUGGAUUCUGGGAAAAUGGACCACUCCAAGUGAGCAAAAUUGGGCACCACCAGGAACACAUUUUCAUCAGUUUGUGGUUCCACCUGUGUUUGAAUUCCGAAGAGAUUGCACGUAUAGUAAGCUUGCAGCCAUGAAGCUUCCUGUUGAUGUUGAAGGCCUAGGCGUCUGCGAGUAUACGAUGGAAAGAGGUGUGGUUCAUGCUUGUCAUGCGGGUGGGAUCGUUCAUCUUCUUGAAGGUUGGACACACCAUGAAGUUGGUGCAAUUGAAGUAGACCGGAUUGAUUUGGUUUGGGAAGCUGCUUUAAGACAUGGUUUUAAGCCAGUAUGAAGGUCUGCUAGAAAACCAUCCAUUUGUUUCGUACAACUCAAUAAUCGGUGAUUCAAAACCUCAAAAAAGUGUGCAUCUUUGACUAUAGUCAUAUAUAUCGGUGAACAAGUGUUCAUCGAUGAUUAAUGCAAUCUUGUAAAGGCUUUGACAAAUUGAAUCAUGAUCAACUGUGAUUUACAAUAAGAUAUUACCAUUUGUAAAGCAAAUUAUAUAUGUUAAAUAUAGUUUUUAUUUUAUUUUUAUUUUAUUUUAUUUUUUUUAUGUUCUUGUAUAGUUCGGGACCCAUUGUAACCUUGUUACAUAAUAUAUAAAAAAAAUAUAUAUAACUUAGUAAUAGAGCAGGUUUGGAGCGAAU